GGGGCCGGCCGGGCCUCGCGGGGCCCAAAGUGCGUUCGAAGCCCUCAGAGGGAGGAGACGCCGCCAGGCCGGCCGCGGACCCCGGCAGAACGGCGCUUUGAGUGCCCAGACAAGCCGUGCCCUGCUCCGAUUCCCAAACCUGUGAGCAAAUGGAUUACUUUGAGAAUGGAAAGCUUUGUGCUCAGACAGGCUCCCAGCAGCACAGGGAGAGAGACAUUCCAGGUGACUGCAGAAACAGGGAAUAAUGGCAGUCUUGCUACCAGCAGUGGCUGUCAGGUGACUGAGGCUGGCAGACCUGUCAGACGUCUCCGGAGGAAGAGAAGAUUGCCUUUGGAUUCGGAGGAUGAGGAGGAAAACACGUGUGAGGAUGAGGAGAAGAAUAAAUCAAAUAAUAUGAAAAGCCGCAGAAACACUAAACCAAUAAAACAAGUGCUUCCUGGAAAGAAGAAGGUAUGGAACUGGUCUUCCUACUUGGAAGAGGAACAGAUGCCAGCUGCUCCCCAAAAGCUGUUCAGAGAGUAUCAGUCAUUCCCACAAGGCCGAAAUGGAUUUAAAGUUGGAAUGAGAUUGGAAGGGGUGGAUCCUGAACACCCCUCUCGAUUCUGUGUCCUCACAGUGGCCGAGGUCCAGGGGUACAGGAUGAGACUGCACUUCGAUGGUUACCCAGAGUGCUACGACUUCUGGGCUAAUGCUGAUUCCUCAGACAUCCAUCCUGUGGGCUGGUGUGAAAAAACAAGCCAUAAGCUGCUCCCUCCUAAAGGUUUCAAGGAGGGAGAAUUUAAUUGGACUUCCUAUCUGAAGAACUGCAAAGCUCAAGCAGCUCCAAAAAGCCUUUUUAAGACCCUCAGCAGUCCUGUCACACCUUCUGGCUUUCGUCUGGGGAUGAAACUGGAAGCAGUGGACAAGAAGAACCCCUCACUGGUCUGUGUUGCCACUGUCACGGACAUGGUGGAAAACCGGCUGCUGAUCCAUUUCGAUAACUGGGAUGAGAGCUAUGACUACUGGUGUGAAACGAGCAGCCCAUAUAUCCGUCCUGUCGGCUACUGCCAAGAAACUGGAACCCCACUGACAACACCACCUGGAUACAGGGAUUCCAAAGCCUUCUCAUGGGAGAAAUACCUGGAAGAAACUAAUUCCCAAGCAGCCCCAGCAAGAGCAUUUAAACUGCGUCCUCCUCAUGGAUUCCAGGUUAAUACGAAGUUAGAGGCUGUGGACAGACGAAAUCCCAUCUUGAUAAGAGUGGCAACAAUCGUUGACAAAGACAACCACCGUGUUAAGAUCCAUUUUGAUGGCUGGGACCAUCACUACGAUUUCUGGGUGGAUGCAGACAGCCCUGACAUCCAUCCUGUGGGCUGGUGUGACAAAACUGGACAUGCUCUGCAGGUCCCUCUAGGUGCUGAAGAUCCAGAGGGAGCAGUGGGACAGGCGUGUCCUACUCCGGGGUGCCAGGGGAUCGGGCACGUCCGGGGCCCCCGCUAUGGAACACAUUACACCUUAGUUGGCUGCCCAUACUCUGAUGUGAACCUCAGCAGAGAAAACCUGUUACAGGACCGGCUGGGUGGGGAGAGACCUUCCCCUGGGAACAGCAUGCAGAAAGCCAGGAGGCUGGACACCCCUGGCCCAUUGCUGGGAGCAGUGGAGUCUUCUCAGAGUGGCUCUUCACAAUCCAGAAAAUCUGCACCAGACAGCGAAAAGUGGUGUCAAAGCAGCAUCCACACUCCAUCAGAGCAAUCAGAAAACAGUCAGGAGAGAGGCUGGGGAGAGGAGGAUUCCUCUGCAGACAUCAAAGCCACACCAAAAAUGCUUGGGUGCUCACAUGCCUAUAUCAAGUUUCAGCUGGUGAAACAGGAAAACAAUGGGAAAGACCCUGAUUUGGAUCUCCAGCAGGCCCUCCACCAGUCUAUCUUCAUGCCUUCCCUGGCCUCUAACCCGACCCACCGCCUGCAUCUCUUCUGGGAGCAGCACUGCAGGCUCCUGCCGGAGGUCUCGGGCCUGACAGCCAAACAAGUGGCCAAAUGGACUGUGGAGGAGGUGGUGAGCUUUAUCCAGCGUUUACCUGGCUGCAAAGAACAAGCAUCUGUGUUCAGGGAAGAGAUUGAUGGAGAGGCCUUCCUGCUCCUCAAGCAGAACGACAUUGUUAAAAUCCUCAGCAUCAAGCUGGGCCCUGCCCUCAAGAUCUACAAUGCCAUCCUCAUGUUCAAGUCUGCAGAAGACAACUGAGAGGAGGCCUUUGGCAGAGCCAGCAGGAAUUAACCGGGAAUGGAUCUUCAGCUGUGAGCAUUGCAACACACCAGACAGGUGGAUGGGGACUCGGAUGUAUUUUAAGUAGAACUUAGUAAAAAUGGUUUAAGGUUAUAAAAAUCCUGCCACAGUCUGGAAUAUGGGGCAGCUUCACUUCCAAGAAGACGAUAUUAUUAUAUUUUGUAAUUGAAUUUGGUUUUGAUAUAUCAAUCUCUUUUUGAGAUCGAGAAGAAACCUCCAGUUCUAAGGGGAAUCCAGGGUAGCAGUGGUGGAGCUGCAGGAGCAAGAAGAAAGUUUUGAGUAAAACCGGCUUUGUGUCUAGUGAUAGUGCCUGAAGACUGACUGAUCACGAGCGAGACUAAUGUGUUCUGUGUAAUAAAAGAGAGAGGAAAAAGAUGUACUUCAAAACAACUCCCCCAUAUCCUUCACUGCUGUGACUCAGGAGCUGACCUUUUCAGGACUGAUUGUGAAAUUCCACUUUUUCCUGCUGAUCCUGGCUGUUGUGGUACCCUUGGCUACUGGGCUGCUUGCACCCCGGCAGGAAGGGAGCAUGGGCAGAGGGUUUCCAUCAGGGAUGGCUUGCACAAUGUCCUCAUUCCUGUCAUUCCCUGUCAGGAGGCAGGGGCAGUGCAGGUGGCUUUGGGCAGGCAAAGAUCCCAUAAGGGCAUCUGCUGCUGAGACAAAGAGAUGUAUUUUAGCUGUAAUUCUCCCAUCAGUGCUUUUUGUGCAGCUGCUUCUGGGCCAGGAACAUCUUCUGGCAAAAUGGCACAACCAGGAGCACUUGGGGAUUGGUGUGUGUUUGUUCUUGACCUCUCCACUGUCAGCCAAGUCCUAGGAACAGGAGCUGGAAAGCCAGCAGUGUGUGUGUAAACAGAUUGCCUAGAAACAAAUGGCUUUUCUCUUGAACCAUCCAAACUGAUGGAUGUGAAGUGCUUUGGCCUUCUCCCCCUGAGGUGUUCUGCCAGAGAUGGAGGGCCAGGCAGCAGCUCCUCUGCUGAGAUGGAGGGGGCAGGCACAGCACACAGGGGGAUGAGAUUGGAGAGGAGUCAGGAUUUAAACAGCAAAAUUGGGGAACAGUUAUUUCCCAAAAGAGAGAGAGCUGCUGUGUGUGGAGAAAGGAGCCUGGGGCUGCGUUGCUGCACGUGCAGCCUGUGCUGGGAGCACGGCUGGUUCCUGCUCCAGCAGAGCCAGUUUGAGGAGCAUCCCCAUGGACAUCCUGGCUGGAUGGCUGGGGGUUUCCACAUGGGUACUUCCCAAGCUCUUGUCUCCUCCUGGAAGCCCUGGCAGAUGCAGAGAGUCCUGCUGGGCGGGCUCUGUUUGGUGUUCCCACUUACUGCUGGCAGCACCAGCUCGUGGCUCCCUGGCCACUCUGGUGGCUGCUCCAGAACCUCCUCAGCCCAGGCAGCCCUUGCAGCCCCUCAUCUGCAGCUGCCAGUCUGAAUCCUGUGUGUGGAGCCCUGGGGAGCCCUGGGGAGCCCUGGGUGUGUGAGCUGGAGCUGCCAGAGGCAGGUUCUGCCCGGCUGUGUGGGUGUCUCAGGGCACUGCACGGUGAUGUGAUCCAUCCACAGGCACCUCAAACUGCCUUGGCAUCUCUGCACCAGCGUGGCUCCCCAGGAGCUGUCAGGAACAGAGCGAACACGCUGUCCAUGACUGCGUGCUCACACAAGGAACACACUUGUUCCCCCUUCCUGCAUCACCCACGUCCUUUGUCUCAUCCUUCUGCUGCUGACAAGGUUCUGGUGACUGGUCUGAAGCAGAAGGUUCCUUAAAAUUGUAAAUAGAAUCCACACCACUGAAGCCAUUCAGUCCUGGAAUAAUAUUUAGAGCAGUUUGUUUCUUUUUUCUUUUUUUUUUAAUAAGAAUUUCAGGAUUUUAAGCCUUCACAGAGAAGACACAGGUUUGGUGGGAUAUUUACCAUUAAAUAUCAGCCAGGCAGUGGCAGGGGAGAAAUUUAUUGCAGUGUUAGGGACUAGGCAAGGGUGAAUUUAGUUUAUUAAAAUACAUUUCUAGUAUGAUAACCAGGCUAUUCACCAAAGAGUCACAUUCCUUUAUCCUGCUCUGCACAUCCAGCAUUAGGACUUGAAUUGUAAGUGGCAUGUCCUGUCCUCUGACAGAACUCGCCUCCUGGGCAAAGCAAAAUUGUUUCUUGACAACUGGAACAGAGGAUCCAGGGCUGGGCUGUUUAUUCCUGGCUCUCCACUGACUUGUGAAAUAACCCUGAGCCCUUCCUUGCCCCAGUUUCCACCCAGCCAGGUGGGGCAAGUGCAAUUUUGCCUUUUUCUUGUUUCAGGCAAGCAGGUCCUGCCAGAUUUUCUGUUUUACCUCCUUCAUUUGGGAGCCUGAGUUGGGGGACAGCAGAUUGCCUCUAGCAAUAAACCAAGAUAUAAUAUUAAUUCCAUUUCUUUUACUAUAUAUAGAUGGAGGAUGAAGAGAAUUGGUUAAACAAGCAAUGAGAUUCUAGUCAGUGAAAUUAUUCAAACAGAAGAGAAAUCUUUAAUCCUUGGGGCUUCCGAGCCAGCUGGAUCAAAGAGGAAAAUGUGUGCUUGGAGGUUGUUCAGUGACAGCCAGCACAGGCUUUCAGCAGGGGGGAAGGAGGAACCUUUUAGGGAUGGAAGAAGGAGGAAUGUGCUUCUUGUGCCUUUUUUGUAAUCUGAUAAUUGUCUUUGCAGAGCAAGCAAGAAUGUGCACACAUCUAUUACUCACUCCUUUCCCAAAUAUAGCUGUAUUCCAAUAAAAUCCAGCAACUUCACAGGAUAAAAAGAGUUCCAGUGUCUUCACUGGACACAUUUAAAACUCCCUGAUAUUUACAAGAUAGAAAAAAACCUAAACCAGCCCAUCCUUUAGCCCCAUAACUCCAGAAUUCAUCAGUUGUGUCAGGGGGUGCUUUCCAGAGCGUCCUGGUGAGUUGUUCCUGCUGCCUGUCCAAACUCUGCUCUGCUGUGGCACAGCCAGGCCUCUGCAGAGGCCUUUGGUUAUCUGAUGCCUUCUGUAAUUUGAAAUGUGCACUUUGAAGCAAAAAUCCAAAAGUUGUGGCUCUGUGGGGAGCAAAACUGCAGCUGAUAAAUGCCAGCUGGGACUGGGAGGAUUUGGAGUGUGCUGGACGUCAAUAGGAACCAGUUGUUGGCCCAGCUGAACCCAGUUACCAAUUCAGAUAUGUUCCUUAGCAGCAAUUCAGAGCUGUGACAAGUUCCCAUGGGCCAGCAGUCCAGCUGGGAAUUUCCAGUUCUCAAAAAUGUUACUCCUGGCUGUGUUUUUGUUCCUUUAUCGCUGUUUUUGAAAUUCAAAGCAAUCCAUUUUUUUUCCUCUUUUUCUCCUCGGCUGGAAGUCCUGUUAAAUUUUUUCUUUGCCAUCACCAACAAUCAUCCUCGUAAUACAGCAGCAGCAAAUUUCAGCUCUGGGUGAUGAAUCUCAGGAAAGUUGGACAGGAGCGUUUGGCAUCACCAAGAGCAAACCUCAGCAGUCAAAGGAAAAGCCCAACACUCAGCCCAGGGAUAAGCCAGCUCAGCUGUGUAAGAGUUCCUGCCUGCUGCCUUUCUGCCCUGCUUAGGGAUUUGUACCACAGAGACCUUUAAAGUUUUUGACAUUCCCCUCAAUAUGUGAUGAGGCAGCACAUGCAGGGGAAGGGAGCAGGGGCUCGGCUCAGCCUCAGAAAUUUCUGCUUUUUUAAACCAAAUACUUGAGCUUUUCGACACUAGCCAUGACCUUGCA